AUGGCUGAGCGGGACGGAGGGGCCGCGGCGCUGAGGCUGGAGGCGACCGUGCAGCAGCUGGAGGCCACGGUGCUGAGCCCCGGUGCCGGCCGGGAGGACAAGGCGCUGCUGGUGCGGGGAGAGGGCGGCGACACAGCCCCCGCGUCCAUCCCUGCCACGAUUCGCCAGAUCGUCACCGAGAGCCUGGCCGAGGAGGCUGCCCCGGCGGUGCGGGAAAGUCCACCGGCCAGCAGCAUGGCGGAGGAGAACGCGCUGCUGCAGAAGGAGCUGGCGCGCGUCAAGGAGCUGCUGGCGCAGGCACGCGCCGAGCGGGACGAGGUGGCCACCAAGCACCGGGCUGUCAAUGAGCGCCUGGAGCGAGUGCUGAGAAGCGAGGCAGCCCAGCGCGAGGCACCGGGCAGCCCGCGCCUGCGGGAGCUGAGGCAGCGCUUCGAGGGCGACAAGAGGGCCUUCAAGCGCAAGCUCCAGGCGUACCAGGAGGGCCAGCAGCGCCAGGCGCAGCUCGUCCAGCGCCUCCAGGGCAAGGUUCUGCAGUACAAGAGGAGAUGUGGGGAGCUGGAGCAGCAGCUUCUGGAGAAAACCACAGAACCAGAGGAGCCCAGAGAGCUUGCAGAGCAGGACCACAGCUCUGAAUUGGACAGCACUCUCCUGCAUCUGGAGGAUGAGAAGCAGAGGAGCGCCGAUUUGUCAMGGAUGAACUCUCUUCUGCGGGAGCAGCUGGAAGAGAUAAAAUCCUCCAACCAGCGCCUGGCCGGAGAGCUGCAGAAGGCCAUGGAGGACAUUCACCRCCUGAGGGGCGAGCUGGAGCAGUGCCACAGCAGAGAGAGCUCUGGCCCCUCUUGGAGGAGUGAGAGUGGYGAGACCCUCCUGCUCUGGCACCAGGCAGCUGCACUGCGCGGGCGCUUCAUGGACCUCCGGGCCGUCAUGGAGAGAGGCCUGUCAGAGGCAAGGAUAGACAUGGCCAAGCUGGCACGGCGCCUCCACACAGCCUGCCUUAACCUGGACUCCAACCUCCGCCUGUCGCAGAGCCACACCACCUGCUCCCUGGAGAAGGAGAGCCUGCAUCGGGUGCGCUUGGAACAGCAGCUCCGGGACAAGGUGCAGGAGAUGAUAGAGCUCCAGAGCCGCUGGGAUGGAGAGAAAGUGGAGCUGAACUCCAGGAUAGCAGAGCUGAGCCUGCGAGCGGAGCGGCUCCAGGAGCAAAACGUGGAGAAGGACGAGUCCAUCACCCGCCUCAAGCUGGACAUGGAAAAGCUGAAAGCGGCCACCACAAGGGAGGCAGCGGAAGGCAAGGGGGCAGUGGGACCCCUGUCCCAGGAUGGCAGGGGUGGGGCGGCAGCAGCAGCAGGCAGCCGAGGGCUCUCGCCACCGCGCACCAGCUCCCCACAGCGCCGGCACAUCCCGCAGCAGCCCGAGGCAGCGCUGCAGGCAGCACUCCAGCAGCAGCAACUGCUUGAACAGGAGCUGCGCUCGCAGCUGGCGUCCGCCCGGGAUGCGCUGCGGGCGGCGAGGACGGAGGCGUGCGAGUGGCGGCAGGAGGUGCAUGCAGCAGAGCGGCGGGCGCAGGAGCAGCGGCGAGGCCGGCAGCAAGCGGCAGAGGAGCUGGAGCAGCGUGAGCGGGACCUGCAGCGCUGCAGGGCCUCUGCCGACGUGCUGAGCCAGGAGAAGCARGUGGCGGAGGCCAGGGCGGGCAGCCUGGGCGAGGAGGUAGAUUCCUGCCGCCGGGAAGUGGCCAGGCUGAUGGCCGCCAAUGCGGAGCUGCAGCGGCACAGAGCCCUCCUGGAGGAGCAGAAGGAGGAGCUGGCCAGCGAGCGGGAGAGGGGCCUGAAAGAGCUGGAGCGAGUGCAACAGUCCCUGGAACAACUGGAGGAGAAGUCCUCAGCCCUGAAGAAGGAGCUACUGGUGGUGACGGAGGCACUGGGCCAGGCCACGCUGGCCAAGGAGGUCUUGGAGGGCGAGAAGGAUAGCCUGGGUGGCGCCCUGAGGAAGGCUGAGGCCACCUGCGCCAAGCUGGAGCUGGCCCUGAACGUGAUGCAGCUGGAGGGAGCGGAGCUGAGAGACUCGCUCGCCAAAAUGGCAGCCCUGAACGAGGGCCUGGCACAAGAUAAGGCCGGCCUGAGCGGCACUGUCCUGCAGCUGGAGGAGGAGAAGAGCUCGCUGGUGGCACGGCAGCAGGAGCUGGAGCAGGAGCGCGCCGGGCUGGCGGAGCGGCUGGCGCAGCUGGAGCGGGAGCAGGUGGAGGCGAGCGCGGCCCGCCGCAGCCUCGAGCAGGGACGGCAGGCAGACGAGGAGCGCCGGGGGCGGCUCGAGGAGGAGCUGCUGGCCACGCACCGCCACAACGCCCAGCUGCAGGAGCAGCUGCUGCAGGCAAGGGGCCAGGAGCAAGCGCUGGUGCAGGAGCUGGCGCAGGAGCAGCAGGAGACCGAGGUGCGGGCAGCGGCUCUACGCCAAGCCCUGCGGGACAAGGAGGACCUGGCCCAGGAGAGGUCCCGACUGGCGGUGCAGCUCGCAGCGCUGGAGAGGCAGGAGAAGGGCUUGCUGGAGGAGACGGAGGCUCUGCGGGCCGAGAGGGACUCCCUGGAGAGCAGCCUUGCAGAGGCGCAGGAGCGGGYGGCCCGCCUGGAGCUCCAGACGGAGCAGCUGGUGGCCGAGCAGCAGAGCGGCGCGCGCUGCCGGCAGGCGCUGCGAGGUAACAGGCUGGCUGGCUGCCGCAUGCCCGGGGGCGGCCCCGAGGUGGAGGCAGCGCAGGGCGAGCUGGCCUCGCUGCGGCAGGAGGCCGAGCAGGAGAGGCGGGCGGCCCUCCGGGAGAUGGCACUGGCCCACGAGGAGGAGCUGGGACGCCUCUGCAGGGAGAAGGAGAGCCUGCGGCAGGCCCUGGCCGAGGCAAAGGCAGAGGCUGUUCGGCACCUGCAGCGGGAGAGAGAAGAGCUGGUGUCCAAGCACAGGGCAGAGAAGGAGGAGCUGGAGGAGGCGCUGCAGAGCCUGCGGCAGGAGCGGGACCAGAGCGUCCUGCUGCUGCAGGAAGACAAGCAGCAGAUGGAAGCGGAGAAGAGCAUUGUGAUGGAGAAGCUGGGCGAAGCCCAGAGGGAGCUUGUGAAUGCCCAGCUGGAGAUGGAUCAGAUGAAGCAUGAGGCUCUCACACGCCAGGAGCAGGAUCAGGAUGUGGUGGCCAGCGUGAGCAGGGAGCUGAGGAGCCUGCAAGGCCGGUUUGAAGACGCCGUGGCCGCCCACCAGCGCGAGGCCAAGGGCCUCAACGAGCRCGCCAAGGAGCUGGCGAAGGAGAAGGCGGCCAGGGUGCAGGAGGCGGAGCAGCUCAAGGUGCAGCUGCGCCUGGCUGAGGAUGCGCAUGGUGGCACACGUAAGGAGCUGGCCGAGGCGCUCCGCCGGCUGCGGGAAGGCGAGGAGACCCGGGAGCGCCUGCGCCGGGAGCUGCUGGGGGCUCACCGGGCCGCCGAGGACGAGAGCCGGCAGAAGGAAGCGCUGCAGAAAGCCAACGCGGAGCUGCGCGCCGCCGUCGUGAGGGCCGAAAGCGAGCGGMUCAGCCUCCAGAGAGCCAAGGAGGAGAAGGAGCAGAAGGUGGCGGUGCUGGAGGAGGCCCGGGCGGCUGUGCAGCGGGAAGCCGGCGAGCUGCGGGCCAGCCUGCGCGCGGCGGAGAGGCUGCGGCUGGAAGCGCGCCGCGAGCUGCAGGACGUGUGCAGGCAGGUGAAGGCUCUAGAGAGUGAGAACAGCAAGAAGGGCAAAGAGGUUGCGGAGCUGCAGGCCCGGAUCCUGCAGGAGGAGCAGCAGCGGCAGCAGAGCUGCCGGGAGGGCCGGGAGCUGCAGCGGCGGCUGGCAGAGCUGGAGAGCAGUGAGGACCGCGCGCGCAGAGAGGUGCUGGGCCUGCAGAGGCAGCUGGCGGCGGCGGAGCGAGCGGCGGCGGAGCGCGAGAAGGAACUGCAGGGCAGCCUGGGCGACAGCCGCGUCCGCGAGAAGAUGCUGCGGGAUGAGCUGGGCGGCCUGGAGCUGAGGCUGCAGGAGGCCCACGGGGCUGGUGACGGCCUCCAGCUGCAGCUCAGCAUGGCCCGGGGCCGCCUGCGGGGCCUGGAAGCAGAACUGGAGAGGGCCGAGGCCUCCAGGAGGGCGGCAGAGUCCAAGCUGGGAGGGCUGCGCACAGCCCUGCACCGCACACUGGGGCUGGGCACAAGGAGCCCGUCUCCACACCGGGCCGGCUCCCCUGCCAAAGGUCUGCAGAGCUCUGCACCCAGCCCCGGGGCGUCUCCAGCCUUUGGCUCAUCGGCUGUGGGUGACAUUGACCCUGACCAUGUCCAUGUGGCCUUGAGGGGCUUCCUGCAGGAGCUGCGGGACACCCAGCGGGACAGGGACAAUCUGAGGAUUCAAGUGACGAAGCUGAGCCGGCAGCUGUGUGAGAUGGAGCAGGCCCCGGAGCAGCCGCGCACGCGCGUCCCGCAGCUCCCCACGUCAUUGGCAGCCUCCAAGGAAGGAGGAAUCGUCGGCAUCGACCCCCUGUAUCCCCGUAUCCUCCUGCUUUUCCUGGUUAUUCCAUGA